AUGCACCGUAUGAAGUUAUUACAAGAAAGCCGUGAAUUGCAAAAACUUCAUAUGCAGUAUGUAAUGAGUGGUGUCCUAAUUGAAGCUGAGUUCUGGGCAGCUAGUAACAAGUUUGGUGAUGUAGAUAGCCGUCCAAAGCCAAAGCAACAGGUUGGUUUCAGAAACACAAUGAUAAUGGACACCAAACCCACGAUGGAUGGCCGGACGAACACGAUUACUUUUACUGUUCAGCAGGCAUUUCUUGCUCUGAUUCCCAAUAAGACUACGGAAAAAAAAUUUUGGACAAAGUAUUUCCGAGCUGAAUACCUCCGAAUCACAGGGAAUGCUGCUGCAGCUGAAGCAGAAACCGCCGAUGAUGAGGAACUGGCAAUGUUUUUGAAGGAGGAUGAGGUAUUGGCGAGGGAAGCUCGUCGAAAGCUUCGACGGGUUGAUCCAACUUUGGGCAUGGAAGCUGACCAAGGAGACGAUUAUACGCACCUUCCAGAUCAUGGGAUAUUCUUUCGGGAUGAGGUGUACAGCAGGAGAACAAGAAGCAUCGUCGAAGUUGAUGAGAGUGGUGUGCAGGAGAGAUUUGGUAGGAUUGCUCAGACGACUGAGAUAGAGGAUCUUCAAGAACCUCACCACCUUCAUGCUGCUCAAUUAUUAUGCAUGAAGGAUCCUGGAGACUACUUUGACACGCAACAAGCUAAUAAUGCAGUUAAAACUGAGGAAGCAUACAGCUCCUUGAGGCAGUCUAUAAUCUAA